AUUAUGUCCGAUUCAACGAUUCACUCACAUUCCACUGACUUGUCAUUUAAAGAACACGGUGACUACUCUACGACGGUCGGUAGCGUUAGCCCUGCCAAUCAGCCCGUCACCAGUUCCAGUCGCCUACAAAAGCAUCCGACGGACAACAACAGAGACGAGUUUCUUCAACUUAUUCACGACAUUUCGUGUGAUCUGGAUGUGGCCAUCAUUUCGCAUAAGAUACUCACUCAUGUGACCAACUUAACGAGAGCAGACCGCUGCUCACUGUUCAUUGUCACAGGAAAUGGCAAAUCGCGUGCUCUUAUGGCAGAGCUGUUUGAUGUCGUCAAGGGUUCUACUGUAGACGAGACACACAGAAAAAAGGAUGUUCUAGUUCCGUGGGGAAAAGGAAUUGUCGGUCAUGUUGCUGUGACCGGAGAAAGUAUCAAUAUACCAAAUGCUUACGAGUAUGAACAUUUUAACAAAGAGGUAGAUCACUUCACCGGCUAUCGGACUACAUCAGUGAUGUGUCAACCGAUAAAGACAAAGGAAGGAGAGGUCAUUGGAGUGGCUCAAGCCAUCAACAAAAACGACGGAAAUGCUUUCACAAGCAGCGAUGAGACUGUGUUCCAAACUUAUCUGACGUUCUGCGGGCUUCUAUUGACAAAAGCGCAACUUUGCGAAAGCUUGACAUUUGCAGUUCGAAAAAACGAGGCACUUGUGAGAAUGGCAAAUGACCUAUUGAAACCACCAACAAAUCUACACAAUGUUGUCCACAAAAGUCUGGUUGAAGGACACCAACUGAUCCAAUGCCAAUUCUGUUCUGUAAUGGUUGUUGGAAAAGAAGUUGACGAAACAGAAGAAAUUCAAUUCAACGAUGUGUUUGGACUAAGUCAAGAGAAUUGGACUAAAGGUAAAACGAGCAGCAGUGAAAGCCAGCCAGGAGAGGUGAUGGCUGCUUAUUUGGAGCAUUCCAAACAAGUAGUGAACAGAGGCAUGGUAUUAAACAUGUCAGACUUUGAAACACAACGUCAGCAUUCUGUAGUUGUGCCUCACGGAAAAAUGCCACUACGUAAAUCAUUUCUCUGUUUACCCAUCUACAAUGACGAAAAGAAAAUAAUUGGUGUGAUACAAUUUCUCAACAAAGUGAACAAUCUCUAUUUUGAUAAGAAAGAUGAAGAUUUGGCUGAAGCAAUCGCCAUGUUCUGUGGACGGGGCAUCAACAAUACAACGCUACAUGAAAACAUGCGCAAAGCAGUAGCCAGAAAAAAUAUAGCAACAGAGGCUUUAUUGUAUCACAUGUUGUCCUCAGUUGAAGAAGCAGAAUACUUUGGGAGUCUAGAUGUACCAGCAUCACAUGAAUUCAGUGACAAUCUAAUGUCCUUGUCGUUUGAUGAAGCGAGGUUGAGUGAUGACGACACUGUGUUGGCAACAGUUCGCCUAUUUUUAGACUCCAAAGUGAUGGAGCCUUUCCACAUCAACCAGUUGACACUAAUCCGCUGGAUUCUCACUGUGAAGAAGAAUUACCGUCAAGUACCGUAUCACAACUGGAGACAUGCAUUCACUGUCGCUCAAAGCAUGUUCACAUUGAUCAUGACAGGAAAUCUUAUGAAAAAACUGUCAGCCAUGGAAAGAUUAAUGUUAAUUGUAGCCUGUCUUUGUCACGACCUCGACCACAGAGGAAGAACAAACCAAUUUAUAACACAGAGUUCAUCUCCUAUAGCUGAUCUGUACAGCACCGCAACAAUGGAGCAUCAUCACAUUGAUGUCAGCAUUAUGAUCCUUGACAGUCAGGGGCAUAAUAUUUUUGAAAAUAUGGACAAUGAAAACUACAAAUUAGCAAUCAAACUGCUGAAGAAGAGAAUAUUGGCAACAGAAUUAAACAGUUUCUUCCAGAGGAAAAACUCCUUUCUGGCUCUAGUUGAAAACGAUGAAUUUGACUGGAGUGACAAGUCACACCACGAUAUUGGUCAGGAAAUGUUGAUGACAGCCUCUGACGUGUGCGCUGUUACCAAGCCAUGGCCAGUACAACAACGAAUAGCCGGUCUCUUAGCUGAUGAGUUCUUGGAGCAGCAUGCUAUAGAAAUGUCUCAACCAGACAAAUUCCCUUUGCCGAUCGUAACAGUAGGCUUGCCUGCUACUCAAGUCAAAUUCAUCGACGCUGUCUCUCUACCAGUCUACAAAGCAUUGGCUAAGCUAUUACCCCGUCUGAAUCCACUGUAUCAACAACUGAAAUCAAACCGUCAAAUUUGGCAGACUUUGGCUGAUGAGACUCUUAGCACAAAGUCAACAGAGACACGAAGUCAGGAGUGCAAAGAUGAUACCAACUUUAGACAGAGAAAACAUUCCAAGCAUCAAUCAAAGAAACACAUCAGCAAAGAUCAAAUUAAUGAACUCAACGUUGACGACAAAAAAGACCAUCCGUCAAAGCUUUGUUCUGUAAUGUAG